AUGACUGUCACGUACACAGCCCGCGUGGCCAACGCACGAUUCGGCGGCUUCUCCCAGUUGCUGCUGCUGUGGCGUGGGAGCAUCUACAAACUUCUGUGGCGGGAGCUGCUCUGUUUCCUCGGGCUCUACAUGGUGCUGAGUUCUGCCUAUCGCUUCAUGCUGACUGAAGGGCAGAAGCGCUACUUCGAGAAGCUCGUCAUUUACUGCGACCAGUACGCCAGUCUCAUUCCUGUCUCUUUUGUGCUCGGCUUUUAUGUGAACCUGGUGGUACACCGCUGGUGGAACCAGUACCUCUGCAUGCCUCUGCCGGACGCGCUCAUGUGCAUAGUGUCGGGAACGGUGCACGGCCGCGACGAGCGCGGCCGCCUCUAUCGGCGCACGCUCAUGCGCUACGCGGGGCUCUCCGCCGUGCUCAUCCUGCGCUCUGUCAGCACCGCCGUCUUCAAGCGCUUCCCCACCAUAGACCACGUUGUGGAGGCUGGGUUUAUGACCCGCGAGGAGCGCAAGAAGUUCGAGAACCUGAACUCGUCCUACAACAAGUAUUGGGUGCCCUUCAUCUGGUUCUCCAACCUGGCGGCACAGGCCCGGCGCGAGGGCCGCAUCCGCGACAACAGCGCCCUUAAACUGCUGCUCGAGGAGCUGACUGUGUUUCGGGGCAAGUGUUCGAUGCUCUUUCACUAUGACUGGAUCAGCGUACCCCUCGUCUACACCCAGGUGGUGACCAUUGCGGUGUACAGUUACUUCCUGGCCUGCCUCAUCGGUCGCCAGUUCCUAGACCCUGCGCAGGGAUACAAAGACCACAAUCUUGACCUGUUCGUGCCAGUCUUCACUCUGCUGCAGUUCUUCUUCUAUGCUGGCUGGCUCAAGGUAGCCGAGCAGCUCAUCAAUCCUUUUGGUGAGGACGACGACGACUUUGAAACCAACUUUCUGAUUGACCGCAACUUCCAGGUGUCAAUGCUGGCCGUGGACGAGAUGUACGACGACCUAGCCAUGCUGGAGAAGGACCUUUAUUGGGACACGGCGGAGGCUCGCGCCCCCUACACAGCAGCCACCGCCUUCCAGAGGCUGCAACCUUCCUUCCAGGGCUCCACCUUCGACAUCACGCUGGCCAAGGAGGACAUGCAGUUCCAGCGGCCCGAAGGCCUGGACGUGCCGCUGGGCGAGGCACAGGGUGACUUCUUGCAGCGCCUCCUGCCGGUGGGCCCGGGCAUGGCCGCAGGAGGCCUGCUGGGCCGGCGUCUGUCCUUGCUGCGCCGGAAGAACAGCUGUGUGUCGGAGGCGUCCACCGCCCCCAGCUGCACGUGCGCCAGCACCCAAGACGGCGUGGCCCCAGAGUGUGGCUGUGGUGACCUACUGCUGGACUCCGGCCUGCAGGAGCCCGAACCUGAGCUCCCUUCCGGGCCCGAGCUGCCCGCUCCCGGGUCGGUCGCUGAGCCCUUCACUACAGUGUCCAUGCCCGCGCCACGGGGGCCAGCUCCGCCCUGGCUGCCCAGCCCCAUUGGUGAGGAGGAGGAGAGUCUUGCCUGAUACCCUCGGGUCCGGGAUCCCCAAGGACAGGGAGCCAAGACCCACACCGCACAUAAGCAGUGGUCCAGGUCUGCAUAAACUGCACAUGGACUCCGCCUGCCCUCAUUUGACCAGUUCUUGCCUUCACGUCUGGAACAGGGGCUUGGAGCACCUCCUGUGGGCCUGGCACUGAGCUAAGAGCCAGGGAUUCUUCCAGCUGCUUUGAGCAGCCUUGCCUCCCCACCAGCUCUCCUUCCCAUCUCGACUGCCUGAGAGGCCUCUAUCAGUGUGUUCUGCCUUUAUUGUUUCCUUGAAAUGGAGAUGUGAGUGCUUACCUCUCGGAGUUGUAAGAAUGGGAUGAAAUAAUGGCUUUAAAGUGCAUUUGGUACAUAACAGGUGCUCAAUAAAGUGUGACUGGGUUCUACUCAAAUGUUGUUAGCCUGACUUUUCCUGGCAAGCAUUACGCUGUCAGAUUUGAGAAAUUUUCCAGGUUAUCUGAUGAUGCCCUGCCCACAUCUUCCCAAACGCCAAGCUCUGAAAUGGUCCCAUCAGUGUGUACAGCUUUAUUCAUUCAUUACUGUACCAGCCACUGUCCCAGGACCACAGCUUCCUCCUGCCAACCUUGAUUUCUGAUUCUUCAAGUGACCUCUCUACCCUCAGUCCCUGAAUUCUCAGAUACCCUUUCAGUACUCUUAAUUCAGUCAUAUGCCAAAGACUCUUAUAUUUAGUUCAGCCAGGUUCCCUCCUGUCUCUAGACCCAUAGAGUCAACUGUCUGCUUGAUGUCUCCAUGUUGAGAUCUCCCAAGCGUCUUGGACAUAACACUCCCCUGAAUCAGCUCCCUAUCAGCUUCCCAACCUGUCUGUCAGCUUUGUCCUUCCAGUUGAUGAAGCCAAAACCUGGAGUCAUCUUCAACUCUUUCUCUCACCCUCUCCACAUAAACCCAGCAGCAAAUGUGAGUGGCUUGGUCUUCAAAUUAUAUCCAUAAUGCAACCAUUUCCCUUCCUCCAAAGCCCCCACCAUGGCUAGAGCCCCCAGUGUCACGCAACGAUCCAGGUGGACUAAUGACCUCUGCCCUGGUCUCCCAGCUCUGGCCCUAACCCCCCAGUCACUUCCUCCCACAGCAGCCAAAGGGAGCCUAUGAACACCUGAAUGAGGUAAUGUCCCUACUUUGCUUAGAACCCUUCAUGACUCCUACCUCACUUAGAAUAAAAGCUAAAGCUUUCCCCGCAGCCCAUGAGGCCCUGAACAAUCUCCGUGCCCUUGUCUCUUCCCCUCCCCUCACUCACUCCACACUGUCCCUCUUACUCACCAAGUAAGGUCUCGGAUCAGGACAUUUGCACAUGCUGUUCCCUCUGGCUGGAUUGCUCUUCCCCAUAUAUCUACAUGACCUCUUCUUCACCUCCUUCAGGUCUGUGCUUAAAUUAUGUCACUACUUUGGUGGGGCCUCCUUCGCUGGCCUAUUAUUAAAAAUCACCACCUCCCAAAUCCACCUUCUGCAUCCCCAUCAGUUCUGUCUGCUUUAUUUUUCUCUAUAGCACUUCUCUUAUCAAACUUUUACCUAUUUUGUUUAUUAUCUGUCUCCCUUCAUUGGAAAUAAUAGCUUCAUAAAGCAGGGAUUUUUGUCUGAAGCUUCUUCAUGAUCAUGAUCUCGAGGCUUUCAAGCAGCUGACCCAAGCAUGACACUGGGCCAUAGAUGAGUUGGGAGAAUGCACAGUGACACAAACGCAAACUGAUUCUCACCUCCCACUGG